AAACAUCUGUAAUGGCUGCCGUGGAGCUGCUGGACACAUUCAGAGACUGAUGACAUGACAUGAAGCUUUGUAACAGAGUUACUCACCUGGGGGUCUUUUGGGGUCUUGCUUCUGUAUUGGAGGGUCAGGGGCCUUUUACAUGUUUGUCUCUUAAUCUGUCCCGGGCUGUAGGAUGUUUGGAUUUACAAAUAUAUAUUAAAAUUAGAAUAUUUUUUUAUUAAGUUGUUGCAGAGAAUCUGAGCUUUAAAGUGUUUGUUGUGUUUAAUUUAUCAGAAGCAUCAAACCUUUUCUGUCGACUGUCGAGCUCGAGCAAACUGACAAAGCUUUUAUUCCAGCCCGUCUGGAUUAGUGUUACUCUCUGUGCUCAGUCAAAAAGACACUUAUCUUUUUAGAAAACACAUUACCCUGAUUUUGGUCUCCUCUCAGCAGCUUCCAGAAUUCACUUCCAAACCGUUAACCAGAGUAACUCCAAGCUGAGUCCAAGUCUUUGUUUGAAUCAGCUGAAGAUGUUUUGAAGCUGGUCAUAAAGUGAAGACACUCUUCUUCUGUGGUGAAGUGCUGCCACCUAGUGUACGUUACAGGCCCUACAGGCUGACCUCAACUAAAGUGAUACAUUUAUAUUGUGUAUAAUAUAUUUAUUUAUUGUUGUAUCUCAUUUAUGUCAUUUUAUUACUGUCUUUUUUGUUCUUUGGUAAAGUUCUCUCGAUACAUUUGAUGAUAUAAAAACGUUUUGACAUCCAGAUACAAAAGAAGUCUGUUUCACUUCCUGAAACAGUUUCUACCCGACAGCAUGUCCAUCUGAGACUCUGUGUCAUUAUUUACUCAUAAACAACCUUAAAUAUUUUAUUUUUCCUUUAUUUUUCAAGUUAUAAAUAAACCUCUGUAGUGUGACCUAACUCUCUGCUUAACAUGAUUUCAGAAGGGACAGUGAAGGCAUCAUCAUCUGUUUCAGUUUCGUUUCUCUGAGUUUCUGAUCAGUCUCUGAAGUGACAGCAGCCAGAUCAAUAACACAGUAACUCCUCUUCAUCUUCAUCUGGAUCUUCUUCCUCUCAGAGGAGGGUUUGUGAUUUCACUAUGAGCUCUCUUCACUCCAGACUGCAGCAGCUGCAGAGUCGCUUCACCUGGGAUCUGAAGGAGGAGGACAUGGACCUGGAAAACCUCAGCAUUCGACUACAGGAACAUAUAGACCUUCAGCUGGGACAGCGGGGUGCAGUGGCUUUGUCCUACAGCUUCUUGGCUUAUGUCAGGUAUCUUCAGGGUCGACGACAGGAGGCGAUGUCACUUCUCAACCAAUCAGAGGAGAAGACCAGGGAGUGUUACGGUGAGGAGAGUGAGCGGCGGCUCAUCGUGACGUACGGAGACCAGGCCUGGCUGAAAUACCACACAGGAGACUACAAACAGUCACAUAGUUACUGCCAGAGGGUGGACGACAUCCUGGUGAAGUAUCCUGCUGGUUCUACCACAGUUCUCCACCCAGAGGUAUAUGGAGAAAAAGCUUGGACCUACCUUAAGUGUUUGAAAGCUUACUACCCCAAAGCCAUUGACUGUUUCCACAAAGCGUUAGAGCUGCAGCCUGAUGACAGCGAGUGGAACGCUGGCUGCGCUAUUGCCCUCUACCGCACAGAACCGAGUGAUUUAGAAACAUCCCAGGAAGAUGAGGAGUCACCGGCCAUCAAACAGCUUCGGCGAGCCCUGGAGAUCAACCCUGAUGAUGGUGUUCUGCUGUCGAUGCUGGCUCUGAAGCUGACCGCCCACAAGAAGCACCAAGAGGCUGAAGCCCUGGUAGAGAGAGCGCUGGAGAAGGAUCCUGACAACCCUCAUGCAAUUCGCUACAUAGCCAAAUAUCUUCGCAUUCAGGGGGACGAUCAGCGGUCCAUUGAUCUGCUGAGACGAGCGCUGGAAAGGACCAACCAGUCGGCUUUCAUCCACCACCAGCUGGCUAUGUGCUACAAGAAAAAGCAGCAAGCAAGCAAGAACAGCAAGCCCUUCAACAAACAAAAGUUGAAGCAGUGGAAGCAUCUGCGUAUUCAACACCUGGAAGAAGCUGUUAACAUAAAGCCUUCAUUUGUUGUCGCAAUUGCUGAUCUGGCACUGCUGCACGGAGAGGAAAAGAAUUUCAGCAGGGCUGAGGAGCUGUUCCAACAGGGAUUGCGGAAUUCUUCAUCAGCAGACAAAAUAGUUUUUCAUCUGAACUAUGCUGACUUUCAUCUGUAUCACACCAAACAGGAGGAUAAAGCCAUCCCUCACUACACUGAGGGUCUGCAUUUAACACCGAAUAUGUGGGAGUUGAAAAAGUGUGUUAAGGGGCUGAAGAUGAUCGCAGAGCGGCGCCUCUCACUCGAUGAGAACGACGCCCAGUCUUACGGCCUGUUGGGUCUGGUGGCCAAAGCUGAAGGCGACAAGAAGAAAGCUGAGGAGUUCUAUGAGAAAGCUCUGGACUGUGACGAAAACAACGACGAGUACCUGUCUGCUCUCUGUGAGCUGCGCAUGCAGCUGCAGUGAUGAAGCACAGAGAUCAGGACUCCAGCUUUUAUUCUGCGUCUGUAGUUGAUCAGGAUGCUGAUUCAGAGACUUCUGUCCUCAUCAGAGAAACAACAGCUUCUGCUGUUUGUUAGUCCCGUUUGACAUGUUUACAUUUUCCUGAGCCCUCUUGAGUUUAGAGAGUCAACUGUCAGGAGCAAAGUCCGCUCACACUUUAUUAUCUAUGUUCUUUCUUGUAUCUGUUCUUGAUGUAUAAACUGUAGCACUGAACUAAUCAGAAUCAGAAGACUUUAUUGACCUACGAGGGGAAAUUCUUAUGACAAUUGCUCACUUUGCAUAUCAAGGUAAUUAUAAAUCUAAAUAUAAAGGAGUUUGGAUAUGUACAGUAUUAACAGAAGUGUAAUAAUGAAUAGUAGUAUUGAAUUAAUUAAUAAUAGUAAAAAUGAAUACUGUUGAGUUGAGUUGAUGUGGAAUGUAGUGGUGUAGUACUGGAGACCGGUCUUAAGAACACUUUUUGAUGGUCUUGUCUCGGUCUCGGACAUUGAGGAUUCUGGAUUUUAUUAAGACCAGUCAAGACCAUAUCUUUGGGAAUAUCAAUAAAUUGCUUUUGCAUUGUCUGAUUUAUUUGUUAACAUCCUAACUUUGAUUGGAUGGAAAACGUGUUGCUUCAAAUGCAACAAAUAACCCUAAUUAAAAAUGUGUUGUUACUGUUAACGAUUGUCCCUGAGAUAGUAGUGAGCAUGGAAAAGUUGAAUAAAGAUGCUUAUGUUGAUUUCA